AUGAUAUCAACUCGUAACAUUCGUGUUAUAGUGGCAGUAUUUGCUAUAUUCUCAGUCAUUCUCUUUUUCGCUUCCUCUCAACAUUCGCUUGGAGAUCAAUUACAAAGAGUGAAACCGAUUUCUCACCCUGAUGCUUCUGAUCAUACAAGAAUAGGUUCAAACACUUUACAAGGUAACUCUCCUCAUAAAGCUGGUUCAGAACCUCCAUACGCUCAACCAAAAAAGAAACCGGAAUCAAAGCCUUAUAAAGAUGAUUCAAAACCAAAAAUUAUGGCUGAUAAAGCAAAUUCAAAUUCUCCUUCCAAUGAAAAACAAGUUGGUAAACCUUUAUCAAAUGAAGAACAAGUUGGGAAACCUAAUGAAAAACAAAAACCUUCUCAAGAUUGUAACCAAGUUGAUUACGUUGUAAUGAUUGAUGCUGGUUCAACUGGUUCUCGUGUUCAUGUUUAUGAAUUUAAUACUUGUAAAUCUCCUCCAGUUUUAUUGAGUGAAAAAUUUGAAAUGUUAAAACCUGGUUUAUCUAGCUUUGAUACUGAUACUAAAGGUGCUGCUGCAUCUUUAGAUCCUUUAUUGAAAACAGCGAUGGAAACUGUUCCAAAGGAUAAACAAGGUUGUACUCCUGUAUCAGUUAAAGCAACCGCUGGUUUACGUUUAUUAGGUAAAGAAAAAUCAGAUAAUAUCUUGAAGGAAAUUAGAUCUCAUUUAGAAAAUGACUAUCCAUUUGCAGUUGUUGAAGGUGAUGGUAUUUCUAUCUUGGAUGGUUCUUUAGAAGGGGUUUUCGCUUGGGUUACUGCAAAUUAUCUUUUGGGUAAUAUUGGUAACGAAGAAAAAGUUCCAACCGCUGCAGUUUUUGAUUUAGGUGGUGGUUCAACUCAAAUUGUUUUUGAACCAGAAUUUGGUAAUAAUGAAAAAAUGGUGGAAGGUGAACAUAAAUAUGAUUUUACUUUUGGGGAUCAUAAAUUUACCUUGUAUCAAUUUAGUCAUUUGGGUUAUGGUUUAAUGCAAGCUAGAAAUAAAAUUAAUUCUCUUAUUGUUAAAGCUGCUUUACAAAAUAAUAAAGAAUUGAAAAAUAGUAAAAUUAAUAAUAAAGAUGCUGCUAAAGAUGCCAAAGCAACCAUUUCAAUUAAUAACCCUUGUAUCCCUCCUGGUGUUACUGCUGAAAACGUCCAAGUUGAUAUUAGCGACAAUGAAAUUUACUUGGUUAACUUCAAAGGUCCUUCUGUUGCUAGUGGUGCUCAAUGUAGAUUCUUAGCUGAACAAGUUUUGAAUAAGGAUGCUGAAUGUACUCAAAAACCUUGUUCCUUUAAUGGUGUCCACCAACCUUCUUUAACUAAAACCAUUAGGAAAAAUCAAGAUAUGUACGUUUUUUCCUUCUUCUAUGAUCGUACCAAUCCUCUUGGGUUCCCUUCUUCUUUCACCGUGGAAGAAUUAUCUGAUUUGGCUAAAGUUGUUUGUAAUGGUGAUCAAUUAUGGAAAGAAGUUCUUUUGGAUGACCAUGUUAAACAAUUAAAUGAAGAACCUCAAUGGUGCUUGGAUUUAUCCUUCAUUACUGCUAUGUUGCAUACCGGUUACGACAUUCCUUUACACCGUGAAUUAAGAACCGCUAAAACUAUCGAUAAUAAUGAAUUGGGUUGGUGCUUGGGUGCUUCAUUACCUUUAUUAGAUAAAUCUAAUGGUAAUUGGAAAUGCAGAAUUAAAGAAACUACAAAUGCUUAGACUAAACUAAUUAAUAUAUACGCUUUUUCUAUUCAAUGUGCC